UUCGAGAGGUCAAUUAAUGGCUCGUCUGUUCCAGCUGCAGGAGAACUGUCUACGCCUGAUGGGCCACAACAUGGAGAGUUCUGGUGAGAGGAGUCCGCCCCUUGGCCUUCGGCACAUUGUAUCGCUAGUAUUCGUACUGUCCGCCGAGUAUCCUAUGCUGUCGUAUAUCGUUUAUAAUCGGGAUGACAUGGAGCUGAUUACGGCCUGUCUGAGCGUCGCAUUCACCAACUUGGUGACUGUCACCAAGAUAUGGACGUUCCUCGCUUACAAGCAAAGCUUCAUUCAAAUGAUGCAGAGUUUUAGGCAGCUUGAUUCAAAAUGUAAAUCAAAUUAAUUACAAUAUGUGCCAAAGUACGGUUAUGGGUAUGUGGAGCACGGUAACAAAUUGGCCACGUUGCUGGGCCGUGCGUAUAGCCUGUCCUGCGGCUUCACUGGACUCUACUUCAUGCUUGGACCCAUCAUCAAGAUUGUCACCAACAACUGGCGGGGAGUCCCUUAUGAGAGGGAGCUGCCCAUGCCCAUGAAAUUCCCUUUCAAUGAUGUCGAGAGUCCGGGCUACGAGUUUGGCUUUAUCUACAUACUGUUCGUAACUAUCUUUGUGGUGCUGUAUGCCUCGGCUGUGGAUGGGCUGUUCAUAUCGUUUGCGAUCAAUUUGCGCGCCCAUUUUCAAGCGCUGCAACAGGACAUUACCUUAUUGGCCUUUGGGCAGGAGGAGCAGCUGGUAGAUAAGCAAAUGGCCGAUGUAGUCGACUACCAUGUGCAGCUACUUAGCCUGUCCAGGCAACUGCGCCACAUCUACACGCCCAUCGUGUUUGGACAGUUCUUUAUCACCUCGCUGGAGGUGGGCGUCAUAAUUUACCAGAUCGUGACGCACUUUGAUUCCAUCAUGGCCCUCCUUGUGUACUUUUCUUUCUUCUGCUCCAUAAUGCUGCAGCUCUUCAUAUACUGUUAUGGUGGGGAGGUUAUCAAAGUGGAGGGCCUACGAGUUGGAGUGGCUAUCCAGACAUCCAAUUGGCAUUCGGCUUCACACACACAAAGACGUUUCUUGAUUUUUAUCAUGCAUCGCUCUCAACGGGAGGUGCUCAUCAAGGCGGGAUUCUACGAGGCUUCCUUGGCCAACUUUCUGGGGAUUCUUCGGGCUGCCAUGUCGUUUAUAACGCUGAUUCAGUCGAUAGAGUAAAAUACGCAAAGCAAAAAUAAACUCAAAUAAAUAAGUAAUUUAAAUAUACAUAUUGUAUUUGUUAAAAGCUGGAGGCUAUAUAAAAAUUUGAAUACGCUUUUGUGGGAUCUGAAAUAUAUUCCAUAAUAAAUAAACGUUAAACGUAGAAAAUAAUUGACAAAUGCUCGUGCCUACACUUCAUAAAUACUUUUGGGUGCAGGGUGUAUGUGCAUUGUCUCUGUGUAACAAGGCUUCUAUUGAUUAUAAAUACUUGACGGGGACAUUGAAAUACAAUAAAAACAAGUAAGAAAACUCUAGUCGAGAGUGCUCGACUAGA